AAAACACAUAUAGAAAAGACGCAUUCGAGGUAAUCACCUAAUCAGAUGUAUGUAAUAUUUUAUGGUUUUGAGCAUAAAUUUGAGAGCCGUUAUAACGGAUGCAGCUAUCUAAUUUUGGAAUUGACGAAGGAGCAUGUGGACCAAAAGGUUAACGGAACAAAGUGUUUGAUUUACUGUCAAUUUAACGAUUGCAACAAUUAAUUCUAAACGGUUCAGUGGAUCUAUUUUCUCUCCACGCUUGUGUCGCAAUGCGUGCUAGCGUUGCUCAAACCUCCACUAAUCAAAUUAAAAUUGUAAAAAUUAUUUUCAAGGUAAGUGCACCAAAAUAAAAACAAUACUUCUUUCAAUCCUCACUUCCUGUGAAACUGAAAGUAUAAUUAGAGUGUAAAUGACACGUCUAAUGAAGCCCCUUAUCUUCCAAAGACUUCAAAAGAGAAAGAAAAGCACUCGACGACCCUUACUGUACUCUCAAACACACACGAACCACGCAGGUGACAUGUUGUGUGCUUCGAAAAAACCCUUCCGAUUGUGCGACUCUGUCACAAAGUUUCCCCAAAUCAAAGAAAAUGACAGUAAUAUCGAACUCGACUCGUUGGAGAAUUGCGAAAGAGACGGUGAUGAUGACAUCGAAGAUAAGGAUCAAGUGAAACAACUCAACUUGAACGGAUUAUGCAAAAAUAAACAAGAGCUGAGUGAGUGUUAUGUCGACGAAAUUGUUUUGCCAGGCGAGAGCUUGCAGUCCCUGUCCGAUUUGAAAGUGCUGAGCCUGAGGUCCAACGGCAUCCAGAAUUUUCCGAACAGCAUCCUCCAGUUGGUCACUUUAGUCACUUUGGACUUGUCAGACAACAGUCUUUUGACGCUACCUCCGGAGAUAAGUCUUCUAGAAAACCUCAGCGAACUAGUCUUGGAUCAGAACUUGCUCAGUGUUUUACCGACGACUUUAUGGGACCUCAAAUUCCUGCAAACGCUCAAAGUGGCUAGGAAUCGGCUCGCCUUGCCGCCUGACAAGCCCGGAGAGAUGAGGGCUCUCAUCCUUGCUGAAUCGGAGCUAAAGCCAGAGAAUCACAACAAAAACGGCCUGACCACCCUCAACUUGCGCUCGAAUCGGCUCAAAGGCAACAUCAUUUUGGGCAAUUACGGGUUCGCGUUAAUAUUACAGAACCUAACGGAACUUGACGUAAGCGAGAACAGCAUUGAAAAUUUGGACUUGAGCGCGGUGGAACAAUUACAAAUUUUGCAAUGUUCGAGAAACUCCAUAACACACUUAACGCUACACGGAAAAAACUUAACUUCCAUAAUAGCAGGAAACAACAGACUUAGAAAUUUAACCCUGGCGCACCCCCCACUCAAUUUAAGACAUCUAGAUGUCUGUUACAACGAACUUGAGACUCUCCCGGACUGGUUAUCCGGUUGUAGUGAACUCCGGUCGUUGUUCGCAAGCAACAAUCUUCUAACAUCGCUCCCGGACCAUUUGUUUUGCAACGAAAUGCCGUUUCUGCACACUUUACAAAUCGCAUACAACCAACUCCAGUACCUGCCCACCAUACAAAGAAGACUCCCAAUACAAGAACUUUUCCUCCAAAACAACAGUCUGUCGUCACUUCCGGAAAACUUUUUCCGGUUUGUUCACCCAAUCCGGGUGUUAAACUUGUCCAACAACCGGCUUUGUGACUUACCAACGCCUGAAGAACCCCUCCAAUUGGAAAAACUCUUCCUGACAGCGAACUGUCUCAUAGACAAAUCUUUGGAGAAAAUUUCGCCAUACUUACGCAACAUCCGGAUCCUGCACGCCGCCUACAACAGUUUCACGUCUUUGCCGGAAGACUGCUCAACUUACUGGACUGAAAUUGAGGAGUUGGUGUUUUCCGGAAACAAGCUAUUGAAACUCCCGGAACGUAUCGGGUGUCUCAAACACUUGAGUGUCCUGAGAGUUCACUCAAAUCUCUUGCAAAGUAUUCCAAAACUGUCAAACUUGUUGUGUUUGAGAGUCUUGGACUUGGCCCACAACCAGUUGGACCGAAUUGACUUGACGGCCUUAAUACCCCCGAAUUUGAAGUUUCUGGACUUGUCGUGCAACACUAAGCUACACGUGGACUCGCAACAGUUCAAUACUUAUCGGACGCAAAGGCCGAUGAGUCUUGUCGACGUUUCCGGGAAGAAUCGCACGACUCUCCCGUUGACACCGUCACCGUUUUGUGAAAACGAUCUCACUGAAUAUAGCUGGAGCGUGGGGUUUUCCGAAACUGCAGGUUGCAAACAACGACUCUACAUUUCGCAAAUCCGACUGCCGGCGUUUUGUAACACCGAGGGUCUUUUCGGGAUGUUUGAUGGGGAAACAAACAAUAACGUCCCCGUCGGUGUUGAUAAGGUGGUACCGCGGAUUCUCCUGGAGGAACGCACCGUCAAAGAAACAGCUUCGGACUACAUGAAGUACACAAUGCUUUCGGCCCACCGCGAAUUGAAGGAUAAAGGCCAAAAGCAAGGGCUCAACGCCAUCAUUUGCCACAUCCUUCGCACCAAACAAGCCGUAAAGUACUCGUUCUGCGCUAGUACCAAAAAAUACCUAAUGAAAAUUGCAAGUGUUGGUGAUAUUCGAGUCGUCCUGGGCCGGGCCACAGGCCCGGUCCGUCUCCUCCCCGUGAAACAAAGGAAACAAAUCCGGACCAACCCCCAGAUCCAGCUCAUGGUACCUGACCCCGACGUAACCGAAAUUUUCCUCGACGAGCAGGACGAGUUCAUGAUAAUGGCAAACAAAAACCUAUGGGACGUUAUGACCCCCGAGAACGCAAUCCGUGAAGUGGCCCUCCAGCGCAACGUAAUUCUGGCCGCUAAACGGCUCCAGGACCUGGCCCAAAGCUACGGUGCCGAGGACAACCUGAGCAUAAUCGUGGUCAAAUUCAAUCUCCUUGGUACUGACGUUGACUUGCUUAUGAGAGAAUUGAGACAGACCAUCAGACGGAAUAAGUACCAGAGUGACAGUACAAACUCCUGCCAGCCUGGCUGCUGCUGCGAAGCCCUCAGUAACGAGUGCGCCAACUGUGAGAAAAUCCCAAUCCCCCCGCCCAUGAUCCUGAACGAUGACCGGUCGUCCCCGAGUGGGCAAAGCGAGCAAGCUUGCAGCGACUGCAACUCUUCGGCGAAAUUAUUUGUGAACCAACUGAAUCGCUCUGCUAGGAGUAUAACGCCGUCGAUUUUCGAAGCAGCGGAAGUUAAGGCAAGUCCGGAACGGCGGAGCUACCGAGGAGUUGCCAAAGCAUUGCGGGCCCGACGUGAGGAGGAGAAAAAUCAGAACGAUUCGGAUUCGGCUCUUUCGGAGGAACAGUUCAAAUGUUGGGAAUAUAUGCUAGAGCAAAACACGCAAUUGCUCUUCGAUAAGGAGCUGAACACUCUCACGAGGAGCAUCCGGAAGCCGCAAUUUACGAUCAAAAAUCCGACUUUAUCGCGAAGUAACCCGCAUUUGUCGGAUAGUAAUAAUAACGGGACGUUUUUAUCGAAACAAUUUGGGAGCACGAGGUCCUUUAACCCUUUAUUGACUCGAUCAGGUUCGAAGUUCGCCCUCGACAAAAAGCUAAUGGGAGGGCCCCAUGCUGCAUAUUUUGGGAGUUUGCAGAGGUUAAUGCCGUAUAACUUGGAGUACGAUUUUGCAGUGAUGCACGAAAGGGGACUCGCUGAUUCGUUAGAUUUGGACCGAAUGCAGCAGUACUGGGGAGUUACCACCACAGAAUUGUAAAUUUUAACCAAAUACUUGUAUAAAUAAAAUUUUAAAAAUCA